AUGCGGCGAGCAUCCGUCGAAUGCACGGAUAAAGAACCAGCAGAGUUACCAGGAAGAGCCUUUGAAAGGCAGAGUCUCUUACAGAAGAACAUAUCAGGACUUCAGUUGAAGCGACUCUAUAUGGUGUAUGAGAAGGAAGAAGACAAUGCAAAUGAACGACAUGAUAAGUCGCAUCGCGUUUUAAGACAAGUAUCGUGGAAUCAUUUGAUAAGAAGACCUUUUAGUUUCAGUACUUCCUUAACUACAGCUACAUCUACGAGAACGUGUUCCUUAUGGCGUAGCUUUUGCAGUAAGGCGACGAAUAGCGGUUGUAAACCGCUGGGGUCGAUUACUCAGAGAGAUAAGUUUCAUCUGGUAUUCACGUGCAACGUGUGUGAAACACGAUCACAGAAGCUCGUCAGUAAACAGGCCUAUUCUAAAGGAGUAGUUAUUGUCAAAUGUCCUGGAUGUAACAAAAAUCAUCUUAUAGCCGACAACUUGGGGUGGUUUUAUGACGAUAACAGAAAUAUUGAAGAUAUCUUGGCUGAAAAGGGUGAAUCAGUAAAAAUGUUGACAGAGAAUGAUUCCUUAGGGUAUCUUGUAAAAGACUUGGCAAACAGAAUUGAAAAGGGAGAACGAUGAGAAGAUGAG